AUGUUGGGUUCAAUAUACUCUUAUGUUUUCUGUCACAUAUUUGAAACGAGCAAUACAUAUAUAAGGACAGCCUCGACGGUGAGUUUCUUCCUCUGGUUUGCUGCAUGUGGUAUUCUCAUGGUCUUAUGGGCCUUUGCUAUUGGACUUCUUGCCACUCUCAUUCACGCAAGCUUUAGAACACCCAACUUGAAAGCUCGCCUGAACACAUUCCGUGAAGAAUUCCGUGCCGUUUGGCGUAAUACCCUUGGACAAAUUGCUGGGGAAAAGGCUGGGAUUUUCAAGAGUGGUGUUCCAGCCUUUACUGUACCACAGCCAGAAGAAGCCAUGAUGGUCCUCGAACAGAAGGCUUCACAGCUGGAUGUAAAUCUUCAAGUGGUUGAUCCUUUAGAUCCUAGCCUUCUAAGUGGUCUACAUCUAGGACUUGAAGGGGAGCACCAGUAUUUGAAUGCGAGCCUUGCAAUUGCACUGUGCUCAACUUGGCCUCAUAAAUCCAGCCAUGUUGGAAUCAACUACUUAAAUCAGACUACCUCUCUGCCAGAGGAGUUCAUUAGGGGAUUAGCUACUGCUUCUUUGCAAGGUCGUGCUCAAAUUGUCUCUGAUCAGUUCAUUGAGAGUGAGAGCUCAGGUGAUCUUGUGUUCUACUUGGAUGGUGCCCAUUGUCCCGAGAGCAUGGAUGUAUGUGCAAAAUGGUUUUGCCUUGCGACCAAGGAAGAUUGUAAAUCUUCUCAUAACCAAUCUUAUUGUGACUCUGAGAGACUGCAUGAAUCAGAAAAGAAUGGGCCAUUCAGAAAACAUUCAACUCAGCGACCUUUGCCGAAUUUCGAAAGUGACCAAUCUGUGCAGAUUAGAUCAGUUCAAGUUAGAUGUCAUCCAAAAGACAUUACUGGGGUUGUUUACCAUCGGUCAUAUCCUUUAAUUGCCUUGUGCUCAGAUGAUUGCACGACAUAUGAUUUUCAUGGCAUGGUUUAUUUUGAUAUGAAUCAGAACCCUCUAAUUGUUUUUUUGGAGAUCCAUCGAGUGCAUUCAAGUGCUGAUGGACGAGGAGUUUUGGAUCUCAAGUUCCACCCGAGACAAUCUUAG